AUGGGCAGCUCUCUUGUUAUCCUCAGAUGCAACCUGGACGAGGAUUAUAGUUUGGAGGAGAUGAGUAGAGUGGAUGGGAAUGUCAUGUUUCUUCCUGGAUGCCACUGUCAAGCUUUCCCUUACUUUCGAUGGCUUCUUCCAUUCACCGAUGCUGGAGAUGCUUGUGAUCUGAAUUUUUUGAAGUGCCAAAGAAGAUCUAAAAUCCACGCCUACUGCAGAAUGACAAGGAGUUUACCAGAUGACAUCUUGUUUGACAUCUUCCUUAGGCUGCCAGAUAAGUCUCUUGUCCGCCUCAAAGUCUUAUCCAAACACUGGCACUUGUCGAUUUCUCGAAUGUGUGUUUGCCGGAGUAUAAAGCCUGUAGUUGGGCUGUUUCUUCUAACAUACAGUGCUCGUUCUACGGAUCCUCAAUUCAUCAUGAGAUCAGAUUUGCGUGUUUAUUCUUAUGUUAAAAUAGAUGGCCUGCCCACACAAGUCUCGGGGAGUAGAAUGAUUGGUAACUAUCUACCUCUAGAAGGUGAAGAGAAAGGACCAUCUUUAUUAUGUUGGGAUGACUGCUUUGGCUCUUUUGGGUUGCCAUUUAGAUCAGUUGCGGUUGAUCUGCUCGAUUGUUGUAAUGGCCUGCUCUUAUUUCUGGACUUAAAAUCCAGACUAUAUUAUGUCUGUAAUCCAUUGACCAGGCAAUAUGUGUCAAUCCCUCGUCCUCCAUUUUUGAUGCAAACAUUCUGUUGUGGUGCACUUGCAUUCGAUCCCUCUUGUGGGUCAAGUCGCUACAAAGUUGUACGGAUGGACUGGUCCCCAUACCGUGAUGUUCUUGUAGACAUAUACUAUUCGUUUGGGAGGCUUUGGGUUAGACGCGAACUAAAGGUGGACCAAUGCGUACGCAAUGGCAUAUUGUUGUGCCCGGCCUUCCUUUGA